CACAUAUGGCUCACACUUGGACAUGUAUAUCACCUUGUAAGAGGUAAGCAGCUAUAUCUUUGCGGUAAAAUAUAUAGAGACAGGCAAGUCGUCCACCAUAUAUAUUCCGUUGAAGAUACAGAACAAAAUGGCUGACUCAGGAGAUGGCGAUCUAGACCUUGUCAUUAGGACACCUUGUAUAAACAGUAUCCCGAUGUCCAAGGGACGCUACUCUGUUUACCUCAAACUGGAGAACCUUCAGAUACCAGGCUCUUUUAAACAAAGAGGAAUCAGUCACUUCUGUAAAAAGGCAGUAAAGAAUGGGGCCACCAGGUUCGUUUGUGCCUCUGGUGGAAAUGCAGGACUGGCUGUUGCCUACACCGCUCACUGUCUGAAAGUGCCAGCAACAAUUAUCCUUCCUACCACAACGCCAGAGUUCGUCGCCAAUAGAAUCAGGGACAUGGGAGCCAUUGUUGAAGUACAUGGAGAUGUCUGGGAUGAAAGUAACGAAUAUGCCCAGACACUGACAAAAGACUCAGGCUGUGUACAUGUACACCCAAGUGAUCACCCAGAUGUUUGGGAAGGUCACAGCCCAAUGAUUUUAGAAACAAAGGAACAGAUGCCUUGUCAGCCAGACGUGGUUGUGACAUCAGUUGGGGGCGGGGGACUGCUGACAGGGGUAGUGCAGGGUAUGUGGAAAGCGGGGUGGAAUGAUGUUCCUGUGGUCGCCAUGGAAACCGAGGGGGCAGAGAGCUACAAAAAGGCAGUAGAAGCAGGGAAACUUGUGACCUUACCAGCCAUUACCAGUGUUGCGAAAUGUCUAGGAACAUUGACUGUGUGUGCUGCAUCCCUUGAAAAGUCCACUCAACAUAAAAUCUAUCCUGCAUUAGUAACAGAUGAACAGGCUGUGGAUGCCUGUAUUAAAUUCGCAGAUGACCACAGGAUGUUAGUGCAGCCCGCUUGUGGUGCUAGUCUAGCAGCGGUAUACAGUGAGGUAAUUCCUCGUUUACAGAAGGAGGGAAAACUAGGCGUGGUGAACUCCGUCCUGGUCAUCGUGUGUGGAGGAAGUGCAGUUACUAUCGACAGACUCCAACAAAAAUUUGGACUACAAGUUGUUUGAUAAUGUGGAUAACAGAUAUUGAAAUUUGAUUCAGCCACAAAAUUCUAUCACAUUUUUAAUUAUACAUAAAUGUAUAUAUUGUUUGCUUUUCGAACCAUAUCAAUGUAUUUCUGUAUCUUGUUUUAUUGACUUGGAGACAAAGUGAGAUGAUUAUUGUGAGUAGUGAUAUACAUGUACUCAUGUACUCUACAGACGCUACAAUAGUUACGAUGUCCAGUAUGUAGCCUUAAUUACAAACAGGUGGUGGCACUUUUAUCAAUUUUAUAUCAUCACAGUUGACGAGUUAUAUAACUCGGUGUAUAUAAACCCCAACCUUUUUCUGUAAAAUAACCUAGUUUCUGGAACUAUAUUCGUGCUGCUAUAUCGCUUGUUCUCUGUACAACAUUACAAGUUUGUUAGCCUUGAAAUCCCAUCACACCAAAGAGAUAUCAACGCUAUACUUUUUGUCGUUUAACAUCAUCGAAAAUAAGGUACGUAUAAUCUUUUUGAAAAUAAACAUAAGCUUUA